AUGAGUUCUUUAUUCGGAGGUGGUGGCCUUGGUGCCACAACUACUCCACAGACCACAAGCGCAUUUGGAAAUACAACAUCAGCUACUACCCAGCCGGCGCAAACUUCAUCCUUGUUCGGCCAGCCAGCAGCCCAGCAAUCAAAUUCGUUUACUAGUACUCCUCAGACCUCGUCCUUGUUUGGCCAACCAGCAGCUCAGCAACAGCAGCAGCCCCUCCAGUCUUCGCUUCUAGGCCAACCCCAGCCACAGGCAAAGCCUCUCCAAGCUCAAGACCCAAUGUCGACCCAGUCAACCAAGCCUGCCUUCUUCAACAGUCUUCUGGAGCGUGGCAAGAAGCGCCCACUGGCAGCCACCGUCCAGAAUGGUAACUUUGAAGAUGUUCCCAGUCUGCACCUGGGUCUGGAUGAUAUUCGGAGAAAGGCUCGAGAGCUUGGAGGAGCCAAAGACUCCCCCCCAGAAUGGCACGACCAGCAAAGCGUAAGCCUUCCACCAAAACCUCCUCACCAUUACCUUCUUGCAUCAUCUGGAAUUUCGCCUGGCCGGACACUUCGAGACCUUCGUGCACUUGACCCGCAGGCGUCUCUGGCUACAGUGAGAGAAACAGACACCUUUGACCCGGACAACCAGCGAUUCCUGAGAACCAUUCAACAGCGUGGCCGACAGGUGAUGAUCGAGGAAAGCCUAUUGCGGGCACAAAAGGAUUUCGAUGCGUUCUUGGAGGAUAAAGUAGAAAUGGAUUGGGAAGAGCAGCGCCAGGCUAUUUUCAACCAUUUCGGCCUUUCGCAAAAAGACAACAAUGGCGGAAGCAUGAAGGCUACAGUACGGGGUGGUGCUUUUGGCCGUUCAGCGAGACAGUCGAAGCAAGCUGGCGGCGCUGCAGCAUCUCGCCGAAGUGUCUUUGGUCGUUCAGGUCUCGAUAAAUCCGUCAUUGGGACUCCUGGCAACGGUCUUAAAAGCCGCCAACUGUUUGAGGAUCCAACUGAGCGCAAUGAAGGACUUACUACAUCGCCCGACCUCCGGUUCCUGCGAGAGAAGAUGGGACACUAUGCCGAGAAAGUUCAACAGCUAAACAUGGCUCGACUCCACGAACAAACAUAUCCUGUUCUCCAUCAGUUCUCUGAUGUUGAACUGCACACUGGAGGAGAUGCUCCACGCCAAUUGUUCGAUGCUUAUCAAGCAUUGAUCAAGAUUGUCCACGAGAAUCCAAACAUCACCGGCGCAUCCGAUCCCGAUGCAGUAAAAGAACGCCAGUUCUCAGAAGACUAUUUGGACGAAUCUAACAAGUCCCGCAGAGCCAUCAAUCUCAAGAAGCAAAUUAUUGAAGGCUCUAGACAAUAUCUUGAACAAACGUUCUAUAAUGAAGUGGAACAUCUCAUCACCAAAAACCCUCGUGAGGCUCAGCUGGGUGGUAUACCCACCGUAACCAACAAAAUCCGGGCCUACAUCCGUCUGCGUGCUGCCAGGAAGGAUCUGGCACCGGAUGGAGUUGAAUUGCAGCGUGUGAAAGAUACUGAUGAAUACUGCUGGGCUCUGAUCUUUUACCUUUUGCGAUGCGGUUUCGUCACGGAGGCUGCUGAAUACGUCAGCCAGGAUUCUGGCUUCAGAACAAUGGAUCACAAGUUUGUGACAUACAUGACAACCUACGCCCAAAACCGACGCCUGCCACGAGACAUGCAGCAAAGGAUUAACGGAGAGUUCCAGCAGCGCGCGUGGAAUAACCCUGACAGUGUGGACCCUUACAGGAUGGCAUGCUACAAGAUUAUUGGACGUUGCGAUCUUUCCCAGCGCCGUCUGCAGGGCGUGAGCCAGAGCGUUGAAGACUGGAUGUGGCUGCAGUUCAGUCUCGCCAGGGAAGAUGAUCGUGUCGAGGAAGUCGCAGGUGAUGUUUUCGGCCUGGAGGAUAUCCAAACUGACAUUACCGAGAUUGGCCAGCAAUUAUUCGCCAAGGGUCAAGAUGCUCCUGGCGGCUAUGGAACCUUUUUCAUCCUCCAAGUUCUGGGUGGCAUGUUUGAACAGGCCGUCGCUUACCUGGCUACCUACGCACCUGUCACUGCCGUUCAUUUCGCCAUUUCUCUGGCUUACUACGGUCUUUUGCGAGUUUCUGACUUUUACGCUUCCGGAGAAGAGAUUUUAUCUUUCACUGUCAAGCAAUAUCCUCAAAUCAACUUUGGAUAUCUCAUUACUCAGUACACCCGAGAAUUCCGUACCGGACAUGUGGAAGCGGCCGUUGAUUACUUCACAUUGAUUUGUCUUAAUGCAGACCUACCGGGCGCCCUGGGUAAAUCCCAGGCAUCGGUUUGUCAUGAGGCCCUGCGCGAGUUUAUUCUUGAGACUCGUGAUUUCGCCAAGUUACUGGGUGAUAUCCGCGCUGAUGGAACGAGAAUUAAGGGUAUUAUUGAGCAGCGGCUUGAUUUGAUCUUCUUGGCGGAUCAGCAGGAUUUCUUGAAGAACAUCACUGUGCAAGCGGCAGGUGUGGCUGAUGACAAGGGCCUGAUCACCGAUGCAGUCCUUCUUUAUCACUUGGCCGAGAAUUACGAUCGUGUGGUUGGCAUCAUUAACCGUGCUCUAUCAGAGUCUAUCGCUGUGGAACUGGGUGGAAUAAUCCCGAAGCUGCAGCCUCUCCGUCCACGGGUCGCGCAAGGUCAAGAAGACCAGAUGAGCGAUCAGUCCGGUGCUGCCGCACCUGGAAGCAGUUUGAGCCUGACCACAGUUGACGACCCUGUUGUUCUAGGCAAGAACAUGAUAUUCCUCUACAACUCUAACCCGAUGUAUUAUGAGAAGAUUCGCCCUAUCAACCGCGAUGCCUGCAGACUUUUGCUUUGCAUGAUGGAAGCCAAGAUUGAAGUGGAGGCUGGCAGGUGGGCCCCAGCACUUGAUGCUAUUGACAAGUUGGCCAUUCUUCCUCUGCAAGCCCAUGGCUCUAUGCCGCAGAUUCGAAGCUCGGCUCAAGCCUUCUCAUCCCUUCCGGAGAUCAUCUCGCGUAAUGUUGGCCCUGUGAUUAUGUGGUCUAUUGCGUGCAUUGAUCAUGAGCGACGCCGCCAGAUUUCAGGUCCGUAUGAGACGGAGAUGCACCAGGGAUUUGCAGAGCGCCUUCUUGGAAUGGCCAAGGAUCUCAUGAUCUUCUCUGGUAUGGUGAAGUACAAGUUGCCGCCCAAGGUUUAUGAGGCAUUGGCUCGUGCAGGAGCCAACAUUGGAGCUUUUUGA